AAGACCGUUGCAAUUUCUUCAAUGCAAUACCUCACAUAUAUUUUUAUGUAAUUAAAUUUUUGAAUUUCAAAAUUAUUUAUAUUUUUAAUAAGAUCACUUCGUCUCGAAUAAAUUUAAUCAUAUAGUAAAACUAAUAAUUUUUAUUUUUUAAAACCAAAAAUCUAAAGCUACAUAAAUAAUAAUAAAUAAAUAAAUGGGAGAUAAGAAGAUACAAACUACUAAAAUUUUAUCGUAUUCAUAUUUAAUUGUUUACUCUCCCUGAAAGGAAGAGCGUGAUCAUGGUCCGACGGUUGGAUGAGCAGCCAGCGAAGAAUUAGAAGAGAUGUGACACGUGUUCCCCUAGGACACUUGUUUCCCACACGAUUCUUACACUCAAGAAUCUCCCUUUUUAAAGUUGAAAGCCCAAGCCUAGACACUUCCCUCGCAUUAAACAUCCAUGGCGGCGUUUGCCCGAAUCGGCCGAAGAAACCUCACUAACUUAUCACCGUCCUUCCUCCUUCCUCCAGCCCUUCUCAUUUGUUGCAGAGGAAUCGCUUCCAAGCUUUUCGUUGGAGGGCUGUCAUUUUACACCACUGAGAAGGGCUUAUCAGAGCAUUUUUCUCAAUAUGGCCAAGUUGUUGAAGCUAAAAUUGUAAUGGAUAGAGUCUCAGACAGAUCAAAAGGUUUUGGAUUUGUAACCUUUGCUUCAGAAGAAGAAGCCCAGAAAGCCAGAACUGAGAUGGAUGGAAAGGAACUGAAUGGACGCACUAUUUUUGUGGAUUAUGCAAAGCCAAGAGCUGAUUUCGGUGGUGGAAUGCCCAUAGCAAGAGGACCCCCCGAACCAACAGCUGAUAGUUGAUUACCUUUCAUGAAGAUACUGUUUGUGGAUCUGAUGUCCCAACAUUGAAUGGUGGCUGGAGAAAUUGUUCUCCUUACUAGAAUUAUUGUUCUUGCAGGUUGUUACCCCUAUUUCCUGUAGCAGGAAGUACUGCUCAAUGAUAGAAGUGUUGCAUCUCACUUUACACCGUAAACUUGCUGUCUCAAAAUCAAGAUGGUGAGGCUUUUAGCUGCUGCACCAAAAGAGUUUCUUCUCAUUUUUCACAAACAUUAUUUGGUUAGAACAGGAAAAUAAAGCCAUAUUUAUUCGUCGGUGAUUACAGUGACUGGUCCUAUCAUUAUGUGAAAUUCAUUUUAGCUUCAUUUUGAUUUAAUGUUGCUCCAGUGUGUGAAAUAAUCUCCUCCCAGCAACUUUGUUAUUUCAUUGAUUUUUAUGGAGUGAAUGACGACCUGGUUGGACUA